AUGGGUUGUAGGCUGCCCAAGCUGCGGAAGGCAGAGGAGAGACGAAGCCCAGGUAACAUCUACUCCACCCUACGACGGCCUCAGGUGGAGACUAAAGUGGGGGUCGCCUACACCUACCACUUCCUAGAUUUCAUGUUGGGGAAAGAAGAGGUGCCAGUGUCAUCCGUGCUCUGUCUGUCCUCAGUCCGAGAGCUUCCAGUGCAGGUCCGUGAUCUCUACGCACAGGGUUUUGUCCUGGUUGCUGUUCACCCUUUUGUCCACCCCUGUGGCCCUCGCCAUGCACACAUCCAGCGGCAGCUCCACCGGGCUGUGCUUGUCCGAGAAACGCCAAGCUCAGAGAAGAGCCAACUGAGAUGGUCAAGACAUCGUCUGGAGACAGAUGUGUGUGUGGCAGGUAACCAGGCUGCCGACCCAGACGUGAUCCAAAGCUAUGUGAAAAGAAUCCAAGAUGUGGCAGAGCAAGGGGUGAUGUUUGUGGGCUUUCUUCAGCAGCCGGGCGGAGGACCCUGCUUCUUAGGGAACUGGGACCUUGAGGAGCUGUCCUCCCUGCAUUCUAGUCCUUCCCCCAUACACAGAAACCCCUUCAGUGCCCACACCAGCCCAACGGAUCCCACAGAACCGCACCUUAAUGAUGCAGAACCAGACCAACACCUCACUGACCCACAAGAGUUAGAACAUGAAGAACAUAAAACACAGACUUUGGUGCCCGUAGAACCAGAAUUCAGCCAGUACACCCAAGAGGAGUCCAGUGCCUCUCAAGACUCAACAACGCAACCUGAUGGAGAUGCAUUUCAGCGGCAUCCAAGUCCAAAUUCACUAGAGGAGCAAGGGAACCAGCUGUGUCCCAGUCCCGGGAAACUCACUGGAACAAUCGGACAGAAUGAAGGGAGUCACCGACUGGAAGACGCCUACGCUCAACCAGACCCGAGCAAAACCACAGACACACAUUUUGACCCUCCAAAUCAGAGAGAAAGACUAGGUUCAAGUUCAGACAGCUGGCUCAGCUCUCCAGAGCUCGAUCACAAGUGUGAAAAGAGGUCCAGCUCUACCUGUGCAGAUGGGCAAAGAAGUGUAACGACUCACAACAACAAUCACAUUCGACUGAAAAAUUCAGUGUCAGAAAAGAAAGCAACCUCACCACCAGGACCAGGUAGGAUGCAGCUCUUUGCUCUGUAUAACCACACGGAGGAACUCAACACAUCUCUGAGGUUCUACUCGCUCAGAGUUCCACUUCAGGUACAAAAGGAGGCCGGGCUGAUCACAGAAGUUGAUGCACACUGGCUCGACCACAUGACUCAGCAUUUCACUAGUGGCGCGAACCUCAUUGAUGGCUUUUUCCACCUCGGAGAAGAUAAUGACAAUGGGGUGUCGUCUGUGGACAGCGUGUUCAUCUUCCAAAGCUCCGCAGAGGAGACGACCAACACCUCCUAUGAUGCUAUCGUGGUAGAGCAGUGGACUGUUGUCGAUGGUGUGGUGGUGAAAACAGACUACAUCCCGCUGCUUCAGUCUCUGGCUCCGUAUGGAUGGAGGCUGAUGUGUGUGUUACCCACACCAAUUGUCAAGACCAAUAGUGACGGGAGUUUGUCCACCAAGCAAAUCCUUUUCCUCCAGAGACCCAUUUUGCAGCGCAAGAGAAAAGACUUCAAGAUGCUGAACCUCAGGGGUCGCAACAAGGCAAAGAAAAACUCUGCUGGAAAAACAACCGAGGAGACAGAGAGCCGGUCCCCUGUGAUGGAGACGGAGAUGGACAGUUUGAGAGGAAACACAAAAGAGGAGGAAGAAGGGAGGAAGAGCAGGGACAGCGGAAGGAGCGAAGGAGCGGCCCUUCAGAGAGGUGGAGGCGAGGAGAGGGAGGGCGGCACUCGGCAUCAAAAGGCCUUCUUGUUCCUGUCGGGGAGCAGAGCCUCCGUUGACGACCAGGAAGAGGAAACUGACAUUGACGAUGUCCCUCUGUCCAGGCUGGAGAAGUCUGUGAGAUGGACAGAUGUGUGUCAGAGAGAUGACGGAGGUGUCAAGGAAGAGGCGAAAACGGAAGAGCGGAUCAAACUGCAGUUGUUUUCUGGCGUCUGUUGACAUAUUGGGCACAAAACAAAAAAA